AUGGUGGCAGCUCACGCCCUGCGGCUUUGCCCUGCCCGGCGCAGUGGCUCAGCCCUGGCCCAGCCUGCCCGCACCGUGCGCUCCCCACCCGCCAGUCACUCAGUCGUCUCAGCUGCCGAAGGGACUCUCCCCGUCCGUCUCCCCGUGGCGGUGGUCAGCCCGUGGAGAAGCCGCCCGUGGCCCCGGGGCCGCCUUGCUCAGCCGCCUGAGAGCUCCCCCUUCGGCCCCCGCCACGCGGCUGCUUCCAGGAGCCUGUCCUCAGCCAUCCUCCUCUUCCCGCGUGGCUCUUUCCGAGAGACCCACUUCCACGGCCUUAAAUGCAGCUUCUUUCCCACAGCUCCCGAUGGAGAAGGUCUAGUGAUUCUCCGCUGUGCUGUGGCAGAUGGGAAUUCAACCAGGAGCCCUGAAAAUGAUGGCCUUCUCUGUGGAAAUGCCAGAGAAGACUGUGCAGCUACCACCACCCAAUCAGAGUGGAAUGACUACUUCUCUCCAUGCCCCAAGAAAUACGAGCAUUACUGCAUCAAUGGGAAAUGUCGCUUCGUGGGGGCCCUGCAGACACCCUCCUGCCUCUGUGAUGAUGGCUACACUGGGGCGAGAUGUGAGAGAGUUGACUUUUUUUACCUGAGAGGAGACACAGGACAGAUUUUGGUGAUUUCCUUGACAGCAGUUUUGGUGACAUUGAUCAUUUUGGUGGUUGGCGUCUGCACAUGCUGUCAUCCUCUUCGAAGGAAAAGGAAAGAAGAUACGGCAAAUGUUGGUAAAGAUAUAACUCCUGUAAAUGAAGAUAUUCAAGAGACUAGUAUUGUUUGACGGCUAUGAAGGUACCUCCAGGCUGGCGGCAAGCUACAAAAUGCCUUGCUCAGUUGAAAAUGGACAGAAUGUGUCUCAGGAAAACAGCUAACAAAAUGAAUUUUAAAUAAUGUAUUUACCUUUGUUUAUAACUGUUUGUGUUGUUUACUAUUGUUUUUAUAAUAAUAAUAAAUUUUAUUAUUGCUUAGUAAUUCAGAAAAAAGCAACCAGUUAAGAAGGGAAAUAUUAAUAAACUUCCACUUAGGUUUUGUCACCAGGAUUACUGGUUAAAUGAAAAAGAAAAGUAGGAUGGACUUUAGAUCCUAGAAAUUGCAAUAAUAAUCCAUCUACCAUUUAUCCAACACUUACCAUAUGCUGGGAAUUUGAAAUAUAUUAUUUCCUUUAAUCCUUGCAAGAACCUCUGAGAUAUCUAUUAUCCUUAUUUCCCAUAUAUGGAAACAGGCCCAAAGAAGUUAAAUAAUCUAACCCAGAUUUUCAGAGUUAGGAAUUGGUGGCGCUGAAACUGGAACCAAGAUUUACCUAAUUCAACGUAUGUGUUCUCAACCAUCAUUUCUGUUCAUCAAAGUUGGUACAACCUAACUCACUAAUAUAACCCAAAACUUUCUACUGAACUAUGUUUUGCCCUGACUCUGAGAUACUGGGGCCAUUUUCCUCCAGAAACUCAGAAUGCAGAGUCCUGAAUGUAUGUUACUGUUCCCUCCAUGUCUCCUGUGGCACUGACUUUCAUUAUGUUCCUUUGCAACUUUAUAAAUGCUCAGAGACAUGAAUAAAUUCUUGCUUUAGUAAAGUAAACGGAUUCGCGCCCUAGGCAGGGUAGUGAAUAGAGCUAUGGGAAGGAGAUGCCCGGCAGUCCUUAAACCCCAGGGAAGUGUCUCUGCUCCCUAAGGAAUCAGCAGCCGCACUGGCAGAUGCCGUUGAUCCCAGGGUAACGGUCGUGACAGAAGAGCAGAGCCCAGGCAGAGGCUGGUUGGGACAGAGCCCCGUUUCUGACCUUCUGAUAAGCAGUACCUGUGAUUGCUCUCAGGUGAAGUGUUGCAAUGAAGUCCCAUAUAUGCAUCUAUUACUUGAGACCAUCUUUCCAAAUGCUCCUUUAACUCCUUAGUAUGUUUAAUAAGGACUCUCUAAAACCUGCAAAAGCAAAAUCUACAUUUAGCCGAUAUUCCAUCGAAUAUGGAACUUUCUACAUUGACAGGCUAGAUCGUUUACAAAAACAGAUGGAGGAUGUCCCCAAAUUGCUGCACUUUGGCUGCCGCACCUACCAGCUAAGCAGCUUCUUUUCCAGAAUCUUUGUAAACUUACAAUGUAGACUCGGAACGCGCAGUGAAAUGGAGACUUCAAACAAAAGGCGAAGCUGUCCACCACCUUCUAUUACACACCGCGUUUCAAGAGAGACGGACACUUGCGCUUCUGCGUAACACACACCCAGCUCCAGUGUCAAGGAGAGCUAAGUCUAACAACUGAUAAUUUUCUAAAUCUAUUUUACUCCUGACUUAAUAGACAUUCUUACAACAGGAUUAUAUACAAUUGAUUCAUGUUGUAUAUGUUUUAUUUUCAAGUCUCCUUCUGGACUUGUUUCAUGCCCUUUCUCUUUCUCAGUCUUCUUUGAUACUAUGAAUGCUAGAAACAAAUGCUUGUUUGAGUAUUUAAAAAAAAAUAAAACAAGAUGUAAAUGUUUCUUCUUUCCUGAACUGAUGUUGGUUGACCAAUGGACUCUCUCAAGACAAUUCAGACUGAGGAAUUUUGUUUUGAUCCUAAUAUGUUAAUGGUGUCUUUCAAAAAUUGGUAGGUCUGAUGUCAAGAAAGGACUCUGAGGAUUUUUAUAUCUUUUCAAAAUGUAUUUAUAAUUGUUUUGCAUAUAUUAAAUGACCUUGGAUAUAUAAACUGUCAAUAUUAUCAAAAUAAAAUAAAUUU